CCAUGCCUGCUGUCCCGACCGACUCUCUCGUGCUCCUCACCGGUGCCUCGGGCUACCUUGCCGUCCACGUCCUCAAGCAGCUCCUCGAGCGUGGCUUCCGCGUCCGCGGCACCGUCCGCAGCCAGGACAAGGGCGACUACCUCAAGCAGCUCCUCGCCAAGGACGGCCUCGACUCCAGGUUCGAGGUUGCCAUCGUCGAGGACGUCGAGAAGCCUGGUGCCUUCGACGAGGCUGUCAAGGGCGUCGACGCCGUCGUCCACACCGCUUCGCCGUUCCACUUCAACGUGACCAAGGCCGACGAGCUCAUCGGCCCGGCCGUUCAGGGCACCCUGUCCGCCCUCCAGGCCGCAAAGAAGGAGCCCAAGGUCAAGCGCGUCGUCAUCACGGCCAGCUUUGCGUGCAUCGUCGAGCCCAAGGAGCCCGUCUACACGUUCACCGAGCGCGACUGGAACGAGUUCUCGCCCAACGAGGUCAAGACCAAGGGCGACAAGGCCGACCCGAGCCAGAUGUACCGCGCGUCCAAGACGCUCGCAGAGCGAGCGGCGUGGGACUUUGUCGACAAGGAGAAGCCGUCGUUCGACAUUACGACGAUCCAGCCGCCGCUCAUCUUUGGCCCCGUCCUGCACGACGUCAAGAAGCCCGACAGCCUCAACACGUCGGUCAACAACUUCUACCAGUACCUCGAGGGCAAGAAGAGCGCCGACGACGCCCAGGGCGGCUUUGGCAGCUUUGUCGACGUGCGCGACGUCGCCCACCUGCACGUCGAGAGCCUCGUCAAGGAGGAGGCCGGCAACGAGCGCUUCCUCGUCGCUACCGCCGACUCGUCGUACCAGCCGCUCCUCGACCUCUUCUUCGAGCACGCGCCCUCGUCGCUCAAGGACGCGUUCCCGAGCGCCGAAAAGGGCCGCCCGGGCCAGGCCAAGCCCAAGCAGAACGUCAUCGACACGGCCAAGGCGCGCAAGACGUUCGGUUGGCAGCCCAAGGACGCAAAGGACACGGUCAUCGACAUGGCCCAGUCGCUCGCCGAGUACAAGCAGCAGUGGGAGAAGGCGUAGGGGAUGGCCGAGCGAGUUCUAGCCGAAAGAAAGUUGCAUUCGUAUCCGUGCUCCCUC